AUGCCGCCUCAACAAUUCUUCCGUCCUCGAUCUCCACGCAUUGAACAUCCACUUCUCACGUUCCUACUGGCUCACGUCUCGGUUUCCAAUCGGCUCACUUCAAAGCGCCCCAUCAACGUCACAGAUGCAUCGAGCUACCUCGAUGCCGUCAAAGUCCAGUUCCAUGGUCAGCCAGAUGUCUAUAACCACUCCCUCGAUAUGGUGAAGGAUUUUAAGAGCGGUUUAACCAGCCUUUCAGUACGUCUAGAAAAAUUCUAUAACACCACUGAUGCCGUUGACGAGCGUGAAGUAUCAGCUGAGAUCGCCCGCCUUUUCAAAGACAACCCCCAUUUGCGCCCAUAUUUUAGGAUUCUCAUGCCCGAGAAGAGCCAGGAUGUUUUCGACGAUGUAGAAGAAAGCUAUUUCUCCCUCACAGGACGCUACACCCGCUCAAACACACCUCUCAAUGGCAAGCCUCUCCGCCGUCGUCCAGAACCCCAACCACCCAUCGAACCCAUCCUCCUUCCAAGGUGCCUUUCUGCUCCUGAAUCCAAAUACCCCACUGACCUCUUCAAGCUCACACAGCUCCCCCUCCCUCCCUCCCACCUCCCACUAGACGAUACCCACUUCUUCGACCGCGUCAAACGCGCGUUAGGGAACCGAGACACCUACAACGAGUUCUUCAAACUCAUGAGCCUCUUCACGCAAGAACUGAUCGAUACCACUCGCGUCGUCCGCUCGGCACGGAAUUUCCUUGGAGACGCGGAGUGGAUGCGCCAGUUUAGGGAGAUUCUUGGGUGGGAUGACAGAAGGGAGAGGGAGCGCUGGGUGUUGGACGAGAGUCAGCAGCAGCAGACGAAGCUACCGCUGAAUGCCCACCAUCGUACGUCCCCCUACCCAAGCACCAAAUACCAACUAACAAUCCAACAGGAAGGAAGCGUUACAUGCACAGGCCGCGACGAGAUGUGCCGCGCAGUCCUCAACGACGAAUGGGUCUCCCACCCAACCUGGUCGUCUGAAGACGCAGGCUUCAGCGAAGAAGAACGCCAUGAGUACGAUUUCCACGUCGUAGCAGCCACCUGCACUAUCAUCAUCCUUGAGUCCAUAUCUGCUGAAAUCUUACAACUCCCCCCUGACGAACGCAGUGCCUUCAAACUAAAACCUAAUCCAGGAGGAUCGGGCAAGGCGGUGCAUGCGAGGUGGGAGGUGUUGCGGGCGAUGCAAGAAUCUCCGGCUAUAGCUAUCCCAGAGAAAGAAGAAGAAUGGAAACUUGCACAGAGGAAACGGAAUAAAGUGUGGCGAGAAGUAGACGCUCGAAACCCGUCUCGCGCACUCGACCACGCAGGGAUAGCAUGUAAAACCUCGGAAAAAAAGCGCUCCCUGCGAAAGUCCUCAUUGCGCAGAUCGAAGCUGCUAGGGACGCCCAGGUGUGUCAGCGCGCUGCGCUUGGUCAGGCAUCAAUUGGCGUAUGAGGUGCAGGAUGCUGUGAAGAUGGCGUUGUCGUUCUUGGAUCGGACGCAGGGACAGAAUGGGGGGAGGUGUUUCGUAGGGCGUUUGUGCUUGGGGAGGGAUGGGGAUGACGCUGAGACGAAUAGUACCAGGAAUGGAGGGGGGAGGAAGCGGAAGGGUGGGAUGUCUUCUGGUGGGGAUUGGAGGAAGAAACUGCUUAAGAGCGAGCAGGCGAAAUCGACGGGGAAGAAAACGCGUGCGCAGGAAGCUGCUUCGCCCUCUGCUUCGAGACCUGCGUCUCCUGCUAUACCCGAUGUCAUGCAGGUAGACGCUACCGCUCCAGAGGAGGGAGAACGAGAGCCUGCUGCUCCGUUGCGCAAGGCGUCGAGGAAAAACGUGUUCUUUGGGAAUACUGUCUUUUAUGUCCUUUUGCGUCUUCUCGAGGUACGCGCACUAUACUCCAGACUCUUAUUCUUCAAGCACAUUAGCGCGCGCAUCGCUCUCCUCCCCCAAAUCAACCUCCAAAACCAAAAUCAAUCCGACGACCGAGCUGCUCAUGCGGAUCAUUUUUAUGAGUUGAUGUUGGAGUCAUGUGAGAGGCUUUUUGAUAACGAGAUCGAGGCGCAUGUGUUUGAGGAGCAGAUGCGGAAUAUGUUUGGGGUGAAGGAUGCCUACCGGAUAUUUACGAUUGAUAAAGUCAUUGAGUCAUUAAUCAAACAGGUCCAGCUCGUGUUGGCUGAUGCCAAGAGUCAAGAACUCUUUGAGUUUCUGAAGCGCCAUCGGGCAUUACAAGCUCCUACCAUCCAGGACCAACUCAAUAGUCGGAGGUUUGCGGAGAAUGUCCUUGGGCCUGAUGAGAAUAUUUUUAGGGUGGAUUGGCUCCCAGACACGAAACCGAUGACGAUCCAAUUACUCGGGAAAGACGAUUCCAGGUUCGAUGAUUCUGAGAUGUUGGCGGAGAGGCGUGCUUUACUUCGCAGGAACGUACCAGCCUCAGUUACAUCCAGCACACCAGCCGUACUCGCGCGUAGCGCACUAGAAACGAAAGUAUGCGUACGGACGUACCGCUUGUUUUUUGUAUCGGGUACGGAGGACUUUUUGUGGCGGAUUCCGUCCAAGGAGGAUGUGGAUACGAGUUCGAGUGCAGGUGUUGGAAGGGAAGCAGCGAGUAAGAGGCGAGAGCGGUGGUUGGAGAAGACGCAGGCGGGGGGUGGCCUUCUGGUGUGA